UAGUAUCUUGACGUGAUGCCACAAAGAAAAGAUGACGCUAACACGACACUGCAAACAAAGCUGCAACUAGUAUUGCAUUGCACAGCCAGGAGACAGAGAGCGAGCGAGCGAGGUGCUGGACAUGCGCGGAACAGAGUGGAAUAUGGCGGCCUAGUGCAAAUGAGAAGUAAUGAAAUCUCCUGUAUAUUUUUUUUAAUACUAAUCGGAAGCCAUCACUGUGUGUCUAACAGGAAGCUGAGUUGUUGGUCGCCUGCCUUCAGGUACUUUUGUGCGAGGAGGAUACUGAACCUGCAGGUGGUCACCAUGGGGAGAACAUCAACUAAAGAACAAAAAGAUAUUAAAAAGGAAAAGACAGGGAAGAGUUACUCUUCAACAAGUCCCUCCCAGAAUAAAGAAAGCUUCAGCUGGGAUGAAUACCUGAAGGAGACAGGAGCUACCCCAUCUCCCUCGCAUUGUUUUAAACAGUCUAGAAACCCACCUAGCAAUGAUUUCAAAAUCGGUAUGAAACUAGAAGCACAUGACCCCCGCAACUUCACCUCCGUGUGCAUCGCCACCAUCAUGGGCAUCACAGGCGCCCGGCUGAGGCUGCGGCUCGACGGCAGCGACAACAAGAAUGACUUCUGGAGGUUGGUGGACUCCUCCGACAUCCAGCCCAUAGGGACCUGUGAGAAGAACGGAGACAUGCUGCAGCCACCACUCGGUUUUCGAAUGAAUGCCUCAUCAUGGCCAAUGUUUCUGUUGAGGACAUUAAGUGGAGCAGAAAUGGCCCCUUCCACAGCUUUUAAAAAGGAACCUCCCAGGCCCCCACAGAACAGUUUCAAGUCUGGGAUGAAGCUGGAAGCAGUGGACAGGAAGAACCCUUUCUUGAUUUGUCCAGCUACUAUAGGAGAAGUUAAAGGCGAUGAAAUAUUUGUCAUGUUCGAUGGCUGGAGAGGGGCAUUUGACUACUGGUGCAAGUACGACUCGCGAGACAUCUUUCCAGUUGGGUGGUGUUUCUUGACCAAGCACAGCUUGCAGCCUCCUGGCACCAGUGUCACUAUUCCAAAGAGUGUCCCGACACCCAUUUCCACCUCUUCCAAAUCCACCAGACGGUCCAUGCAGUCGCUGCAGAAAGCCGCCCCCUUGCCGCCCCUGCCAGUCAGGAAGGGAGUCCGGGGGCGACGGCCCAAAAGCCAAACCAUCGCCUUACUGAAAGCAGCAGCAGCAGCAGCAGCAGCAGCCGCUGCAGCAGUGGAACAGAAAAGCACAGCAGCCAAAACUACCUCCAACACAGACGCUCCAAAACCCAAAAAGAAGGGCCCAAAGCCUGGGAGCAAGAGGAAGCCUAGAGUAGUUCAAAGCUCAAUCCUAAUUACGGCUCCUGCAGCAGCUUUGGAAGCUAAAUUCAACAGCACUCCGGUACCAAAGGACGGGCCCAAUCACCUCAAUACAAACCCAGCAGUCGUAUCCACAGUGUGUGUUUAUGUGAACAAGCAUGGGAACUGCGGGCCACACCUGGACAGGAAGCAGGUCCAGCAACUAUCAGAUCACUUCGGUCCCGGUCCAGUCAACAUAGUGCUGCAGCAGGCUGUGCAGGCCUGUGUGGACUGUGCCUACCAGCCCAAAAUUGUCUUUAACUUCCUCAAGACGGGACAGCACGGCGGAGAGGUCAUAACAGCUUCGUUUGACGGUGGGAAGCACCAGGUCCAGCUGCCCUCUGUGAACAGUGCGUCGUUCGUACUACGCUUCCUGGAGAUGCUGUGUCACAGCCUGCAGUGUGAGAACCUCUUCAGCAGCCAGCCCUUCAGUCCCUACCUGGGGGCCACGCACAGCCAUGCUGAGUUCGAGAGGAGCAAAUCAGUAAAAGAGGAGAUAUCAGAAGCCUUAACAAUAAACAGGGGAACCAAACGUUUCUCCAAAGACUCGCCGCCCUACACUGCUGCACUCUCGCCAAAGCUCCCAAGGACAGAGGCUCACCCUUCAGAAGCAGAGACAUUGCCGCAUGAUGAGAACAGGCUGCUGAAGGAGCAUCGCUUUUCUGAAGAGUCCAUGGACUCCGCCUCCAACUCCAUGAACCCCCGCUCUCCGGCCCUGAGAAACCCGGCAGAGUACCGGCCCCAGGGCAGCUCACCCUGCUACCGCAACUCUCAUCUGCCUCUGGGUGCCGCCUCCAGCUCCGCCCCCACCCCGCCCCUCCGCAGGAUCUCCUCGAAUCCUGCGGGGGGCAGCGCCAACUAUCAUGAGGUCAACAUCAGCCGUAUGCAGAGGAGAGUGGAAGCUGCUAGUUCCACAACAGGUCCUGAUCUUCAGCUGACUGACAGAGAGACCCCCAGAGUGCCCAACAAGAACCCCUCGGUCUGGUCUAUAGACGAAGUGAUGCAGUUUGUGAGAGACGCAGACCCCCAGGCUCUGGCUCCACAUGCGGAGCUCUUCAGAAAACAUGAAAUCGAUGGGAAGGCUUUGAUGUUGCUGAGGAGCGAUAUGAUAAUGAAAUACAUGGGAUUGAAGUUGGGCCCGGCUCUCAAGCUCUGCUACCACAUUGAAAGGCUGAAACAAAGCAAGUACUAGCAGCUUAAUGCUGAGGUAUUUCCACAGAUGACUGCCCAUCCAGUUCUUCUAAACCAACACAAAAAUCAAUCAAUGAUGGACUCAGCUUAACCAUUCUGAUCCUCCUUGCAGAAAAAAACAAAACAAAACGAGGCAAAGCGACACUAGCGCUGUGUCACAAAGGGAUGUGUAUCAAUAAGCAAACACAACAAAACAAAGCAAGAUCCUGAACUCUGGCAUGGUCUCACGUUUAACUAUGAAGAACCUUUGUGAGCCGUUAUUUAUAUUGCAGAGACCACAGUACCUAUAUUUAAAACAAACAAACAAACAAAAAAGUUUUUGUCAUCUGUGCAAAAAAGGAAAAAAAUGAAUUUCUUUUUCAUGUUAUAUCGGUAUCAAUUCAGCUGAAUCCCAAAGGAUAAUUCUGUCUUGUGUUUACAUUGCAUAAAUGUUUGAUUUUAUGUGAUUCUUACAAGAGAAUUGAGUGUGACCCACACGGAUGGAUCCUUUUCUACGCAGACAGGAUUGCUUGCGUGAUUCUACCACACAUGGCAAGACAAUGACUAUUGACAUUUUAUUGUAUUUAAUGUUUGGAAAAUGACUGGAGUUUUUUUUGUUUUUGUUUUAUUUGACAAAGAUGACAGGUCACAUAUUGUAUAAUACCUUAAAACUGCUUUUUCAUUUGGUUUAAAAAUAUUUCUAUGUCCUGUAGUUUGCAUAGUUAGCUAUGUACAAAAAACAAAUAUUAGAUACAAAAUUUGUUGUGUUUUAACAAGUCAGUUAUUUGACUGUAUUCAGAUGUAAAUUCCAAACCUCUACAUAGCUGAACAUAAUUUAAGGAUGAGCAGAUAAAGGCUUGUUUAUGUAGCUGUUUUCACAAAAGUAUCAAUAAUAAAAAAAAGUGUAAAUAAUAUGGUUCAAGCUGUUUGCAUUGCCAAAACCCUUGUUAUCUGAGAUCAUUUCCGUCUCUCUAAAUGCUCCAUCGAUUUACCCUCCUUAUGCAAAAACUAAAGCCUCUAUGCACUUUAUCCUGACAAGCCCCCCUUGUGUCCUUAUCUCUUUCCAACCUGCAGAUUUCCUUGACCUGGUUUAAUCAGAAGGGCUGUCAUUAAAAUAAAACAAUUAUGAACUGAAGGUUUGCAAUACAUAAACCCCAAGUUGCUCCAACCUUUUUUUAUUUAUUGAAACAGACCGUGUUUAACAGUCGUAUGAAUAGGGCUUGUGUUUUUUUAUUAUUAUUAUUUUUUUUUUACAUUUUGUUCUUAAAGAAAUACAUUUAAGGAUAUCAGAUUUGUUUUAAUGUCCAUGUACUGGUGCUAAAUCUUUUGUGCUAUAUCAUUUUUUAGUUCAUGCCCCCACCCCCACUUUAAGCUGUGAUAGCUUUGGUAGUAUCCUUUUACUGUCUCAGCCUGUGACUAUAGAAAUUCCAGGUUCUACUACCAAGCCUUGUUUUUUUAUGGGUUCAAUCAUAAACUUCAGGGACAAGAAUGUACAUUUUUUGUAGAAAAAACAUUUCAAAGUAACCCUUAAACUUAAAAUGCUAUUCUAGAGAAUUGGAACAAUUCCUUUUUAAAAAUGUGGUAAAGAUUUCAUACUGCCUUUUUAUACAGAGAUGCUUUUAGUUUAAAAAGUAAAAGCGAUUACUUAAAGCUACGUGACAAAUUGCCUUGCUUAAUUUUAAUGUUCCUCAGGUUUAAGUAGAUCUUGAUUAGCAGAGAAGAAUUUGUAUUUGAUUUUUUGUUGGAACGUAAUUGGAUCUUCUAAAUUCAACUACAUUCUGUUGACCCGUCAACUUUAUUGUGAAGAUUUUACUGUUUUAUUGUGCCAUAAGUUUUAUAUAUAUGUAUCAUGUUUUAUAUGCAUCAUUAUAAACUGCAAAUACUGGAAUAACUGUUGUAUUAUAGAUCUACUACAGGCUUACAUUCUUGUCUAAAAAGAUUUGUCAAAAUAAUGAAACUAUUUUGUCUCCAGUUCACAUCAUGUAUUUUUAUAAAAAAUAAAAUAAAUGGUGGCUGUUCCUUGUA